AUGGCCGAAGCUUUUGUAACCAACAUUGCAAAAUCCCUUCUAUGGAAGCUAGCCUCUUUUUCUGCUCAAGAAUUUUGUUUGGCAUGGGGACUUGAAGCUGACCUUGCACGUCUUGAAGAGAAACUACUGGCUGGGAUUGCAUCACUUAAGUCUGAAUUUAACCUCAGUGAGCAGACUAAUGAUCAUAGUCAUGUCUUGCAUGAGGAAACAGAUAUGAGACAGUCCUUUCAGGGUUUUUUCGGUCUUGUCGGAAGAGAUGAAGACAAAGCACACAUCAUCAGCCUUUUGGCAGAACCAUUUGAGGUUGAUGGUGCACAUCCUUUUGUCAUUCCAAUAGUUGGAAUGGGUGGUUUGGGAAAGACUGCUCUGGCCAAAACGGUGUCUGAUGAAAGUGCUCAUUUUGAUUUGAAAAUACAGGUAUGUGUUGCGGAUGGUUUUACCCUAAAACAAGUGAUGUCAAAAAUUAUUAAAUCUGUAACUGGGGAUCAAAGCUGUAAUAGUUUGGGCGAUGACGAACUCAAAGAAAAACUGGAAGCAAUUUUGAAUGCUCUUCCCAAAUUUCCAAAUAAAUUAGAUCGUGUGCGAACAGUUCUCUUUGCAAGCGAUAUAGGGGGGCCUACAUGCAAAGCAGACUUUGAGAAACGGUUGAUAGAAUUUAAGCAUUUGCGGUCGUUGGAAUUAAUUGCUUGUUUUGAACUGUUUCCUAAAAGGAUUGGUGCCCUGAAACAUGUGAGAUAUCUCAAUGUGAUGAUGAAUUCAAAAUUGAAAAGGUUACCAAAAUCUGUUUUCAAAUUACAAAAUUUGCAAGCUCUGUUUCUAGGUUAUGGCUUAGAAGAGUUGCCCAAAGAUGUGAGAUACAUGAUCCGUCUUAGACUUUUAUUUCUGACUACUAUGCAAAAGCGGUUGCCAGAGGGUGGGAUUGGGUGCUUGGAGUGUCUUCAAACUUUAUUUAUUGAUCGUUCAAAAAAUCUUGAAUAUUUGUGCGAAGAUAUGCAAGGUCUUAAAAGCCUUCGAAAAUUGGGUAUCAUGCAAUGUAAAAGCUUGAUUUCUUUGCCACGAAGCCUGAAAUACCUGACUGCACUGGAGUUUUUGGGUAUUAUUGAUUGUGAGAAGCUUGAUUUGAAGACAAUGGAGGAAGAGUACGAGGAAGAAAUUAAGCCACUUCGCCUUCAGACUGUAAUAUUUGCAGAGUUACCGGCGACACUAGCAUUACCAAAACAGAUUCUUCAAGGAUCUGGGAAUUCUUUACAAACAUUUCUGAUUGAAGACUGUCCAAAAAUUAGAGAAAUGCCUGAGUGCGUCGGCUAUCUAAAUAAACUCCAACAGCUUGCGAUCAGGCGCUGUCCAAGUUUGAGCAAAAGGUGCCAAAGGGGAACAGGAGAAGAUUGGCCCAAGAUCGCUCAUAUCCCUGAAAUUGAAGUUCACUAUGUUGAUACUGAUGAAGAAACAUCCGAUUAG